CUCUUCUUUGAAGCACUAUGAACCCGUACUUUUACCACGGUGCGUGGCCUCCGCAGCAUCCGUCGGCAGGAGGACACGGCGCCAUGCCCAUGCCCUCGGUCCUCGGUCUGCCGCCCAUGCCCCCGGUCUUCGGUAUGGCGCACAGCCAUCCCAGCCUCGCCUCGCAUGCAGCUGGCUCGUCCAACGCCGUCACCCCGCUCCAUCACAUGUACUACCACGGCCCAUGCCAGGCCUUGAUGGCAUCGUCGUCGAAGCAGACUGUUCCCGCCGCGGGCGAGCCGCCGCUGGUCGACGCCGAAGGCAACGUCGAUAAGGUGGCCAAGGCCAAGGUGGUGUCGAUGAUCAAGGCCGUGCCGGACUUUCCCAAGCCAGGCAUCGUCUUCCGUGACAUCACCACGCUUGUCGAGCAUCCAGAGGGCCUCGAUCUGACCACCGACAUCAUUGCGGCAUACUACGCCGCUCGCGGGGCGCAGCUCGACGCUGUCGUCGGCUGCGAGGCUCGUGGCUUCAUCUGGGGUGCCACCCUCGCCCGCCAACUCGGCGUUGGUCUCAUUGUGCUUCGCAAGAAGGGCAAGCUUCCGCGCGAGACCAUCUCUCGCGACUACUCGCUCGAGUAUGGCUCGGCCUCGCUCGAAUGCCACGUCGACUCGAUCACGCCCGGCAUGCGCGUCGUCCUCGUCGACGAUCUCCUCGCCACCGGCGGCACCAUGGCCGCCUCUGUUGCCCUCGUCAGGGAGCUUGGCGCUGACGUUGUCGGCACUGCUUUUAUCUCCGAUUUGCCCGCCCUCGGCGGGCGGGCCAAGCUUGAGGGCGACGGCAUCGACGUUUUCUCCAUCGUGGCCUUUGAUUGA